GGCCAAGAAUGACCGCUUUGCGGCCACCCGUGCGCCGCCUCUCUCUCUGUCAACACCGAAAGCAGAGGCGUGUAAUGAUUAAUGACUCAAUGGUGGCUCAUCACCCAUUGACGACCAUUGUUGUACGCAGAGAAUAUCUCACAUACAACUUGAAUCGAGUCCCGAACCAAUUAGUUUGCGGAACAGAUUUGCUUAGUUUUUUGAAAUACUAUCAGAAUUGGAGUCUUUGGAGGAGUUAAAUUUGGUUUCUCUUCUGCUGGAGCUUUGUGCCCUUUGAAUGAUUCCUUUUCAUGGUCACUCUGGAAGAAGGAUUAUGGAUUGUGAGGCUAAAGACUCUUUACCGAGACCAAGUGGAUCUUUUGGUGAGGCAAGCAGUGUGGCUUCUUCUUUGAGGAGGCGUUCUUUAAGUUUAUCAGAUGAUGUUCCCCCUCGGCCAGAUGAUGACAUUGAAAGUGAGUUUGUUUCAGAGGCAGGAGAUUUUGGGGAUCGGGCACUUCACAGUAAUAGGUCCAGUGGAAGUGGUAGGCUUCGUUUCUCUUUUGACAAUGUGGUAGAAAAUGGUAGUGUUGUUCCCAUUCCAGAGGAUGUUCUGUUGCAAUCAUAUCGAUUUCGCUUUUAUGAUCCCACUGUAUCAAAUACUGUGUCCCCUGUAACCCCAUCGACACUGGAAAUAAUAUGUCCUCUUUCCUCUGAUGCAAUUGCACACCCCGUCAACAAAAGGAAUGAGGAUACAACAGAGUUACCAUGGUUAUUGGAGUAUAUAUCAUGUCUCAUUCAUCUUGCUCUAUUUGGCAUUCUUGGGGUCUUAACAAGGUAUUUACUGGAAAAACUGUUUGGCCCUGGGGGAGUUGGUGCAACAAGUGACCAAAGCUAUAUGUACCUUGAUCUUCCUUCAAAUAUGGUUGGUUCAUUCUUGAUGGGGUGGUGGGGCGUUGUCUUUAAAAGAGACAUAUCUAAAGUCUCAGAUCAAUUAGCCAUUGGAUUGACAACUGGUUAUUUGGGAAGCCUCACAACAUUCAGUGGUUGGAUUCAGAAAAUGCUUGACCUCAGUGUUGAAGGACAUUGGGUUUUCGCUGUGCUCGGCAUUCUGAUAGGCUUGUUCCUUGCUGCCUAUUCCAUCAUUUUUGGGAUCGAGACGGCCAGAGGUGCCAAAUGGCUUCUUCAGAGGUUAAUCAAAAGUUCAACAUGUGGCAUCUCUAGCUCGAAAAGCAAUUGGAAAGUGGACAACUGCAAGCGCCACUUGGCAGUUGUGGUGGUGCUGUUACUGAUGCUAGGCUUGUUAUACGGUUUGAGUGGAACUUGGGAGAUAAGAGAGUUUAGCAGUGGCAGUCAUGGAGCUCAGCUCUGGUUGGCUUGUAUGGUUGCGCCUCUUGGUGUAUGGAUCAGAUGGUUCUUGGCACGACUCAAUGGACGUGGCUUAGGAAAAAUGGGUUUGUUGAAAUGGGUUCCUUUCGGAACUCUGAUUGCCAAUGUAUUGGCAGCUUGUGCUAUGGCAGCUCUUGCAACAGUGAAGAAAGCAGUGAAAACCAAAACUAGCGAUACUGUUGCAACUGGUAUACAGUUUGGGAUGUUGGGCUGUUUAAGUACUGUUUCUACUUUCAUGGCCGAAUUUCAAGCGAUGAGAGAGAGCAAGAACCCUUGGCGAGCAUACACAUAUGCUGUGAGUACAAUUUUAAUUUCAUUUGCUUUGGGAACCCUGAUAUACUCCGUACCUGUUUGGACCAAAGCAUACAACUAACAUACUGAUGUUUGUCUCUUUAAUUGUUCCUUCAAGGCUUAAUGAUGUUGCCAUAGUAUAAGUAUGCCUUGGCAUACAUUAGGUCCCUUGGGCUAGCGUGUAACCUUGCUGUUAUGGUUGCUAGUAAUCAUUUAUGGAUAGUUUGACGUUGUUUUCAUGAUUUCUUACUAGUGAAUGUGCCUCUUCUGUUGGGAGAGAAGAAUUGCUGCCCCGGAAAUAUUGUGCAGUGACAAGGUAGUAAGCUUGUGGACCAAAAUUUUAUUCCUGAUGAGGAAUGUUAAU